UGCUCAUCAGUAUACACAGUCCAUACCACAUUUCCUCUGUUCCACUACCAUCUAUGGCUCCCAUCUCAAAAUUCUUUUCUUUCUUUUUCUUAACAACCCUUUUACUGUCCCUGCAGAUUAAUGCCAGAGACAGCCAGUUCUUCAGCAAAGUCACCCAUGUCAACAACAACAACAACAAUGUCAAAGAGACAGAGUUUCCCAACAACAAUGAAGUACCGGUAAACAAGCCAGAGCAACAACCAGUCUUCACCCCAGAGACUGAAAACAGCUAUGGCCUUUAUGGCCAUGAGUCUGGUCUGCACCCUCCCACCACCACCACCACUUACCUGCCAUAUAAAACAACUCCUUCUAAGGAGGAUCACACCACCACCAAGAAUUUCAACAACAAUUACAACAACUACCAGAAGGAUGAUUUCUUUAACACCAACCAAAAUGAUCAACUCAGUGACACGAGAUUCAUAGGAAACUCUCACAGCAGCAGCAACAACAACAAUUACUACUACAACAACAAGAAUGCUUAUGAGGGUAACCAAAAUGAAUUGAGCAACACAAAGUUCACAGAAGGAGGAAACAAGUACAACCCCAGGGAAAAUCAGAACUACAACCAGAAGUUUUUCUACAACAACAAUGCUGCUGCUAAUGAAAAUUACAACUUCAACAACAAUAAUGCUGCCAACAACAAUGAAAAGGGUGCAGAGGUGCAAGGGAUGAGUGACACUAGGUUUAUGGAGGGUGGAAAAUACUUCUACAAUGUUAACUCUGAGAAUGAGAAGUACAACCCAACAGGCUAUGGUGGUGAAUCAUCAACUAGAGGAGUUAACUCUGAGAAUUGGUACAACAACAAGGGUUACUUUGGUAACAACAACAAUGAGAACAAGAACUCCAUGGAAGGUUACAAGAACCAGGAGGAGUUUGAAGAUGACCAAGAUGUUGAUUUCGAGCCCUGAGCUUUCAAUCAUAAUUAAUUAACAAAGUGAACAGUUCAUUUUGUUUUUGGGUCUUGUGUUUGUUGCUUCAUGUUUAAUUUACUGUACUUUGUUGUUCAAAAUCAUUUAAAAAAUUAAAGGGUGAUAUAAUUUAUGCUGGAACUGCACAGUCUAUGUCAUGAUUUAGGAUACUGCGUGAAGUAUGAAAUGCGUGUUGUUUAGUUUUUGGUUUUAUGUCUAUCAAUAAGUUUAUAAUUAAUGUGAAGUAGUUUAUUUGUUUCUCA